AGUGGUGUGAAAGAUAUGAUGUGAACGGAACAAGAGAGUUUUCAGGAAUCAAAGGAACUUCAAUGCAACAACUACUGCAUAUGUGAUCAAAUUAUGGAGUAUGUGUGGUGCUAAAGAUAUCGCAAAAAUAUUGCCCAUAACAAGCAAAAAACAAUCAAUUCAGUUCAAGACCUUGUCAUCACGUUGCUCAUUCCGGCCAUGAAUCCGGACACCGAGGUCGACUUCGACUUCUCGCCAUUGCUCAUCCGCUACAAGAGCGGCCGCGUCCACCGUCUGAUGGGCACCGCGAGGGUCGACGCCGGCACGGACGCCGUCACCGGCGUCACCUCCAAGGACGUGGUCAUCGACGCCCAGUCCGGCGGCCUCGCCGCGCGGCUGUACCUGCCCGGCGGCGUCCCGAGGUGCGAGAAGCUCCCCGUCGUCGUGUACUUCCACGGCGGCGGCUUCGUCGUCCACUCGGCCUUCUCCCGCGUGCACUCCAGGUUCCUCAACGCCCUCGUGGCCGCGGCGGGCGUCGUCGCCGUGUCCGUCGACUACCGCCUCGCGCCGGAGCACCCGCUCCCCGCCGCCUACGACGACGCGUGGGCGGCGCUCCGCUGGACGGUGGCGAGCUGCUCGGCGUCCGGCGGCCCGGAGCCGUGGCUGGCGGAGCACGGCGACGCCGCGCGCAUCUUCGUCGCGGGAGACAGCGCCGGCGCGAACAUCGCGCACAACGUGACGAUGAGGGCCGGCAAGGACGGCCUCCCCGGCGGCGCGCGGAUCGAAGGCAUGGUGCUUCUCCACCCAUUCUUCCGCGGCGGGGAGCUCAUGCCGUCGGAACGCGUGGACCCCGAGCUCCCGCGGCGGGCGGAGAGAUCAUGGGGCUUCAUGUGCGCCGGGAGGUACGGGAUCGACCACCCGUUCAUCAACCCGCUGUCCACUCCGGCGGAGGAAUGGGCGGCGCUUGGCUGCCGGCGGGCACUGGUCACCGUGGGGGAGCUCGACACGAUGCGUGACCGAGCUCGGAUGUACGUGGAGGUGCUGAGGGGGAGCGCGUGGGAAGGGGAGGAGGCGGCGCUGUACGAGACCGGCGGCGAGGGCCACGUCUACUUCCUCGAGGAGGCCGCCGCCGCCGCCGGGGGAGACAAGGCGGAGGCGGAGCUUGAUGCCGUCGUCUCCUUCAUCAAGCGAUCCAGCGCAGCGACAUAGCAGUGCCGGAUCGAAAUUCGGAAACGGAAACGGGAACUGUGCUCAUUGUUUUUCACGGUAUAAGUGGGUUGAAAAUGGUCACGAAAAUUCCCAAUCCAGUAAGCAGCGUUGUUUUCGAGGGUUAUAUAUGGAGUACCGUUUUCAAUCGUUAUCGUCUUUUUUAUAUAUAAAACUUCUUAAAAUUUGUUUUUUUAAUUUAUUGUUGUAUCGUAUUGAUGUUAAUACUGAAUAGUUUAAUUGAUAAAUACGAUCAAUUAUCAGUCGAU